UAUUUUUGGAUGGAUUACAUUUGGACUCUAUAAAAGAUUGUCUCAAAUCAACUGAAUCUCGUGGGAUAAUGUUUUUAAUCCAUGUGUAAAGUUGUAAAAAACAACCACAUUUAUGUAUUCACUAUUCAAAUAUCAAUCCUCAAUUAACAAAAUGUUAGAUAAAAGUUUAAAAUCGGAAAAAACGUGCCGAGCAUGUACGAAAACAGAAUCUGAACUUGUUUCGCUUUACGAUAGGCAACAGGACGCAUCAGGAUCAGACGGGCUUCGUUAUUCCGAUAUGAUCAAAGAAUUCACCAUGUAUUUGAUUUUAGAAGGUGACGCACUUCCUCAACACAUCUGCUUGGAAUGCGUUGAUAAAGUUAGGAUUUCUUAUGAAUUUAAGAAGCAGUUCGAGGAGUCUCAAAAGAAACUUCUAUCCAUGGUAGUUGAAACAAUAAAAGAUAUAACAAUAGAGCCAUUGGAAACUAUAUUUUACAAUUGCAAUGACCAACUGAGCUCUGAAAUAAAUGACGACCAUGAGUCUAAAAGCCCGAGGAGAAGGUCAGGCCGUAAUUUCAUUCAAAAAGACAACGACUCAAGUGCACAAAAUGUGCCCAAGGAUGAGGUUUCUACAUCAAACGACAAACGGAAAAGAAACCAAUGUUCAAAAUGCUCUAAAGAGUUCGUUCACUUGGGACAUUUAAAAAACCAUUUAAAUAAGUGCCAUAAGGAUGUUAAAACUCCAGUGAUAGAAACAAUAGAAAAACUAGUCGUAAAAAGUGAAACAACAGAACUUAUUGUUUCCACGAAUGCCGAUAGUGAUGCAGAAGAUGAUCAUUUUGAUCUGAGAAGUGAUAACGAUGAAGAUGCUAUUAACUGCCCUGAGACCGGAUCAAUUAAAUCAUUUAAAGCUGAAACAGAUUCGUCUGAAACCAAAACUAACAUUGAAGAAAUAUCAAAAACUGAAGGAAAUAAUGAGGAAAUUGAAGGGGAACAUUUGAAACCCGAAAAAAUCAAAAAGCCAAGAGAAAACAAACCACCACAUCCUGAGCGAAGAUUUCAAUGUGAAACUUGUAAUAAAUCAUUCAAAAGGAAUUCCCAUCUCAAACAACAUUUACUAUGUCACACAAAAUUAAAGCCCUACGAAUGUACAAUAUGUCAAAGGAAGUUUAGCCGUACGGAUAAUUUAAAAGUACACAUGUCCAACCAUGGUAAGAGACAAUUUGAAUGUGACUGCUGUGAGCGAUCAUUUGGUCAGGCAUAUCUUUUGAAACGCCAUAAGGAGCAGACGCAUAGUGAGGAGAAGCCGUUUUUGUGUUCUGAAUGUGGUCAACGUUUUGUCCGUAAUGGAGAUUUAGCUGUUCACAUGCGCAGGCAUAAAGGUGAAAAACCAUAUAAAUGUCAAUAUUGUAAUAAGGGAUUUACACGCUCCACUGAAGUAUAUGUUCAUGAAAGAUAUCACACAGGAGAGAAGAAGCAUGUUUGUAAUAUUUGCGGUAAGGCUUUCCAGAGACCAUAUAAUCUGGUGGUGCAUGUUAGAACACAUACAGGUGAGCGACCAUAUCAAUGUCCACAUUGUCCCAAAAAUUUCGCGCAGUGUAGUGAUUUAAAAGCCCAUAUUCGACGUCAUACUGGCGAACGAUACAAAUGCGAUAAAUGUUCCAUGGGAUUUAUACACGUAUUCGUAUUGAAUCAACAUAAACGUAAUGUACAUGGGAUUGAUGUACCAGCUCGAAUUAUUCGUAUUGCUAAACUGAACAAGGAAAUUAAUAAGCCCCCGCCACCUAUUCGCUACCGCACUGCUCAAGGUACCAAAUUCGAAUGCCCAACUUAAAUUCUAAAUUACAUUGCAUUGACUUGAUUUUACUUUUAUUCUGCUGAUAUGCAGUUCCCAUGCAUAUCUUCGCCUCAAAUUUCAUCCGUCGCUCGUGUGCCGCGUAUGCACUUUUUUGUGUCUGUUUAAGGGGAUACAUUAGUUUAUGCAACCCAACAACAAAAUAAAAGAAACAAUAAACACAAUUUGUUUUAAGAUACAAUUUAUUUUUGAUUUGUUAUGCUAAUGAUACAUGUUUACUUCGUGAAGGUCGGACGGCAAUUGAAAUGUGAAUUUUGAAAAUUGGAUACUAAAAGAGACUCCACAAUCCUACUGAAUUGAGGAGUCUAUACCAAGAAAAGACUUUAAUGACAAAAUUAAAUGUGAAUAUGAAGCCUUAAUUGCGCUUCCCACAGUAAUUGCUGUUCUUAGAUUCAUAUCUUAGAAUUGAAUCAUAAUGUUUUCUUUCAACCACUUAUAUUGUAGUAAAAAAUAGAACAAAUAGGAAAUGCGAUACAGAAAGUAUGCAUAAUGAUAUGACACUUUGGAAUGCCAAUUUAUCUUUUGUUUAUAAAUGAUACUGAACACAAAAUGUGCUGAGUUGAAUAAGAGAAUAAAACAAAUAAGUGUUUAAGUUAAACAUGAUCUAAACGUAUUGAGUUUAACAAAGAGUAUCAACCAACAACGUAGUAGAAUGUUAAGAGAGAAAAAAAAAAACGUUGUUGUAUUUUAUAAAAAGAAAUGAAACAAUUUUAUUAAAUGAUAAAGGAACUUAAAAGUAGUACAAAGGAAAGUGGAAUUUCAAAAGUGAAUGAAAAAAAAAGUAUUAUAGGCAACCAUGAACUGCGUUGAGUGUUCUUUGUAAUAUUUUAUGCGAUCGGGGGAAAUGGCAGUAAAAUAAGCAAACAAAACUAAACGCUAUGUAGCAAAAUCUCAAACCUCUGGUGUAUAAUUUUUUUGGGACGGUAUCGAGAAGAAACCUUCGCUCAAUGAAAUAACAAACAAGAGUGGCUUUCUUCGCAUCGUGUUCUUUCUUUUAUACGCUCCGAAAGAAGCUUUUCCUUAGUAAAGCUUUUAACAGCUGUUUGAGCUCAAAUGUAAAUUUAUAGUAGCGCAGUUUGUGGUGCCAAAUUAUUUAUUAUUUAAGAUUGUUUAAUUACGGAACCUAAAAAGUUUAUUGAUCGUUUAGAACUCGUAUGUGUUAUAAUUUGUUCUUCGCGAGUGCUACUUUCUCUGAUUAGUUCUUUAUCUUCUAAUGAUGGUUGAUAUGCUACACUUACUAUGUUAUGAAAAGGUUUUAACAUUUUAUCUAAGUCUAUAACAUGGUAUAAAAAGUUUGUUUCAUUAUAUAAAUAUGCGUCGUCUGCUUGAGUGGCAAUAUAUUUUUUAUUUUUUAAAUUUACAAUGUUUGAGGAUUUCACAAAGUUUAGCUUUGUUACCUGAAGGAUGAAUAUUAUUAUAAUGUAAAUAUUUUUUCUUGAUGUCAUCUUUAUGAAUGAUCUUCCCCUGUGUUGUUUGGAGAGUGUCCCCAUUGUCUUUAUUAACAAUAUAUUUUUUAUAUUUUGGCUUAUCUUUAGUACGUCUAUUACUUCUUACGAACACUUGAUCGUUCCUUUUAUAUUCCUUAUUAAUGUAACCGAUUAUAAUUCAGCAAACAAAUCUCUGUUUUUUGUCAAACGUUUAAAAAGAAAACACCAAUUAUUAUACUUUUUCGGAUUAUGCGGAGCACAGUUUAUUUAAUAUGUCUUACUUCGACUGAGGCUUACCAUUGACUGACUCGGUCAACUCAACGAUAAACAGCAACGGCUUUAUUUGAAUUUACUAAUACAUAGUAAUACAUAGAAUAGAAUAAAUAAUACUAAUACAUUGAAUUAAAUACAUUGAAUAGAAUACAUUUCUCCUACCGGCAGCUCUUGGAUAAAUACAUUUUUUCU